AUGAACGCUUGCAUCUCGACUUUGAUCGAAAAGGUUUGCCGCGAAAUUCGUCGCUUCGCAUUUGACAAGGCCAAGGAUCUGGUGGAUGAAUUUCGCUCGACCUUCCCUGUCUCUGCUAUCCUCACUCCGGAAGAUUCAGUACGGGUAUCUUUACUGCGGUGCCUGUCAAAUUUGACCAUUGCCGAGAAAGGUUACAUGUCGCUCGGUUUCAUGGUCCCGAAAGGUUUCUUGCGUAAAGAGAGCACCACCAGGCCGGUGUACAAUUUGAUUCGAUCGGAUCUAAGCAAAAUUGACAACGUGAUUUUGUACGAGAAGCUGUCUACAGUCGGCAGUGGCAAAGGUCUGUCACGAGAAGAGGCAUUGGCUUGCGUCGAAGACAUUUUGCAGAAGCGCGCCGGCUCGUUUCACCAUCCCGUUAUUAGCCAACUGGAGUCAAGUUUCAUACUCGAAUGCGAGAUCUUGAUUCAUCUGCUACGCUGUCAUUUGAGUAUAAGCCAAAUGACAUUUCUCGAACCGCUUCAUAACCUCAGAGAGGCACAGUCGAGACUCAACGCGUGGAUCAGCGAUACAGUUGACUCUGAACCGAUGCCGCAGGUAUGGACUUACUCCCUGGCGUAUCUAUUUUCAUCGAAGCGAAAUUUGACGUGUACAGGAUAA